AUGUUACCCAACAGACUAGCAGGAUGUACAGUUUUUAUCACAGGUGCAAGCCGUGGCAUUGGCAAAGCUAUUGCAUUGAAAGCAGCAAAGGGUGGAGCAAAUACUGUCGUUGCUGCAAAGACUACCCAUGCACACCCAAAACUUCCAGGCACAGUCUAUACUGGCGAAGAAAUCGAAGCAGCUGGAGGAAAGGCCUUGCCAUGUGCUGUUGAUGUGAGAGAUGAACAGCAAAUCAGUAAUGCAGUGAAGAAAGCAAUUAAGAAAUUUGGUGGAAUUGAUGUUUUGGUGAAUAAUGCCAGUGCUAUUAGCUUGACCAACACAUUGGAAACACCUACAAAGAGAGUGGGUUUGAUGAUGAAUGUGAACACCAGAGGCACCUACCUUACAUCUAAAUCAUGUAUUCCUUAUUUGAAAAAGAGUAAAAUUGCUAAUAUCCUCAAUCUCAGCCCACCAUUGAACCUAAACCCACUGUGGUUCAAACAGCACUGUGCUUACACAAUUGCUAAGUAUGGUAUGUCUAUGUGUGUGCUUGGAAUGGCAGAAGAAUUUAAAGGUGAAAUUGCAGUCAACGCAUUAUGGCCUAAAACGGCCAUAUGCACUGCUGCUCUGGAUAUGCUGGGUGGAUCUGGUGUUGAAAGCCAAUGUAGAAAAGUUGAUAUCAUGGCAGAUGCUGCAUAUUCCAUUUUCAAAAAGCCAAAAAGUUUUACUGGCAACUUUAUUAUUGAUGAAAAUAUCUUAAAAGAAGAAGGAAUCAAAAAUUUUGACGUCUAUGCAGUUAAACCAGGCCAUCCUUUGAUACCAGAUUUCUUCUUAGAUGAAAACCCAGAUACAGUUAUCAAGAAAGUAGAAUCACAUGAAUUCAAAGAAGAGAAACCACAGCCGCAACCAAAACCACGUUAUGGAGCCAUGGAAGAAACAUUUAGAAUUGUUAAGGACUCUCUUAGUGAAGAUAUUGUGAAAGCCACUCAAGCAAUCUAUCAGUUUGAGCUCUCAGGAGAAGAUGGUGGCACAUCGUUUCUUGAUCUGAAAAACAAAGGCGGGAAUGUUGGGUCUGGAGAGCCCUCUUAUCAGGCAGAUGUGGUGAUGAGUAUGUCUACUGAUGAUUUUGUAAAAAUGUUUUCAGGGAAACUAAAACCAACAAUGGCAUUCAUGUCAGGAAGACUGACGAUUAAAGGAAACAUGGCCCUAGCAAUCAAACUGGAGAAGCUAAUGGAUCAGAUGAAUGCCAGACUGUGAAGGGAAGAAAAGAAAAUGUUUACUGCUGUGCUCAAAAAGUAAAAAGCUCAACAGUUAAAGUCUUAUGUUUGUUUUCUUCACUAUUGUAUCAAGGAUAUG